AUGGCCGAUGAUAGAGUGCUUCUGCAGUUAGCGGGACUAGUUACUAAAUAUCUCCAAGUCUCAGAUGAGGAGUUUAUGUUUUCCAAAUUUGUGCUAAGCUUGUAUAAAUUAGUUGAGAAUGUGAAGAAUCUGCGAUACGACGCAUUCACCAAAACUGUUAGAGAAAAUGGAGGCGAAGACUUUCAAGAGGAGUUCAUUAGGGAUGUUUUCGCUGCUAUUGAAUCCUCAAGACCUGAAGAUAAGAUCAAAAGUGAGUCUCUUGUCCAUACGGAAGAGAAAGUAUCUGGAUUAAAUGAACCUAAAGUCAAGGUGGGACUCCUCAAAUCUCGCCUCGCGGAAGAAAGACUGCUUAACCAAAGUCAAAGCAUUACAGUCAAGUCAGAGCCGUCCAUAAGAACUGUCCUGGAGACGAAAGACGUCCUACUACCAAAACAAGAGGUUGCAGAUGAAGUGAUUAAGACCCGGCCAGGAUCAAAUGGCACCCGUUUCAAAAGAAGGCUCAAUUAUGCCGUUGGAGAACUCCAUAAGGGGUAUGUGAGUAAUAUCACCGCCUACGGAGCAUUUGUUCGCCUCGAUAGCCCGGCCUCUUUCACGUCGGGACUUUGUCAUGUUUCCAGAAUGCUGUUCGAUGGUCGAACUCGAAUUAAACAUCCUCAGGAUGUGGUAAAGCCAAAUCAGGAGGUAUAUGUGAAGAUAUUACAGAUUGAGUCGGGGGCCAGAAAAGACAAGAUCUCGUUGACUAUGGUCGGAAUUGAUCAAUUGACUGGACUAGAUAAACUGGAUGAAAUCGAAGAAUCAGACAGCCGAGAAAGAGGACGAGAAAAGAGGAUCGAGAAUGCUCCGAAAAGAAGACGGAUGACUUCGCCCGAAAGGUGGGAAAUUCGCCAACUUAUAGCGUCAGGUGCAGCUUCUGCUGCAGAUUAUCCGGAACUCAACCAGAACGUAGAAGAAGACUCAAAUGUUGAUGGGGAUGACGACAUUCUGAUUGAUGUGGAACUUAAUACUGAUGAGCCCGAAUUUUUAAAGGGUCGGAAUUACAGUUCUAAAGUUGCCAAUCCCUUGUUGAUAAUGAAGAAUCCAGCGGGUACUAUGAGUCGGGCUGCCAUGAGUGGAUCUAAAUUAGUACAACAGGCAAGGGAAGAGAGGAUUCAGCAGCAAAAGCAGACUGAAUCAGAGGCUCGAGCCGUGAGAUACUCAAGUGAUCCGUUGGCUCUGAUGAGACAAAAUGAUAAUGCCAAUCGUUCACAAACAGAUUCUGUCAUUUCAGAAUGGAGACGAGGCCAGCAGAACCACAAGAUCGAAUAUGGGAAAAAAACUAAUCUAUCGAUUCACCAGCAACGUAAAUCUCUACCUGUUUAUGGCAUGAGGAGUGAAUUGGUGAAAGCAAUACGAGAAAACCAGUUCUUGGUGAUCGUCGGAGAAACAGGCUCUGGAAAGACCACUCAAAUUGUUCAAUAUGUGUACGAAGAAGCUUUAAAUAUUGUUCAUGGGAAACAUAAGGUUAUUGGAUGUACCCAACCAAGACGAGUGGCUGCCGCUUCGGUUGCAAAAAGAGUUGCGGAGGAAGUCGGCUGCAAAGUUGGCGAGGAAGUCGGAUACUACGUUCGUUUUGAGGAUGUCACAAGUUCGAAAACCAGAAUAAAAUAUAUGACAGAUGGUAUGUUACAGAGGGAAGCGCUCCUAGAUCCAAGCAUGCUGAAGUACUCCCUCAUCAUGUUGGAUGAAGCCCAUGAAAGAACUAUUGCCACUGAUGUUCUUUUUGCAUUACUCAAGGCGGCGACCAAGGUGAACCCAGAUUUGAAAGUGAUAGUUACUUCUGCCACACUAGACUCACAGAAGUUUUCACACUAUUUCGAAGACUGCCCAAUAAUUCAAAUCCCAGGAAGAACAUUCCCUGUUGAAGUACUCUUUUCACGGGAACCCGAAACAGACUAUUUUGCAGCAGCUAUAGAUUGCAUAAUGCAGAUCCAUGUUUCCGAACCGAAUGGUGACAUUUUAGUUUUCUUGACAGGUCAAGAGGAAAUCGACACUAGUUGCGAAAUUCUUUACCAGAGGAUGAAGACGUUGGGUAAGUCGGUUCCAGAAUUGAUCAUCUUGCCGGUCUACUCUGCGUUGCCAUCUGAAAUGCAAUCCAGAAUCUUCGAGCCAGCACCCGAAGGUGCAAGAAAAGUCGUGUUGGCAACGAAUAUUGCUGAAACAUCCAUCACUAUUGAUGGUAUAAAAUAUGUUGUUGAUCCUGGUUAUGUGAAAGUCAAUGCCUACGAUGCUAAGCUUGGAAUGGAUCUGUUGAUUGUAUCUCCGAUUUCACAAGCCCAAGCAAAUCAAAGAUCGGGCCGUGCGGGACGUACUGGUCCCGGAAAAUGUUUCAGGCUUUACACGGAAGUGGCAUUCAAAACCGAAAUGUUGCCUAAUCCGAUACCAGAAAUUCAACGUCAGAACUUAUCACUCACAAUCUUGAUGUUGAAAGCAAUGGGAAUUAAUGACCUACUUAAUUUUGAAUUUAUGGAUCCUCCUCCGGUGUCCACAAUGGUAAAUGCAUUACAUGCACUUUAUACACUUGAUGCGCUAGACGAUGAGGGCUUCUUGACUCCAAUUGGAGGAAGAAUGGCUGAAUUCCCUAUGGAGCCUGCCUUAGCUAAGACGGUGUUGGCGUCAGUAGAUUUGGGGUGUAGCUCUGAGGUACUAAGUGUGGUUGCAAUGCUUUCAGUGCAAACUGUUUUUUACCGCCCCAAAGAGAAACAAACUGCGGCCGAUCAAAGAAAACAACGCUUUCAUAGCAUACAUGGAGAUCAUUUAACUCUCUUGAAUGUUUUCAAAGCUUGGGAGCUCAGUGGGAGGUCUUCAUCUUGGUGCAAAGAGAAUUAUAUUCAUGAGAGGAGUAUGAAGAAGGCCCUAGAUGUCCGCAAACAGCUCAUCUCGAUCAUGAAUAGAUUGCGCUUAUCCUUGGAGUCCUGUGACGACGUCUCUGUUGUAAGAAAAGCUUUCUGUUCGGGAUUUUUCAGGAAUCUGGCAAAACGUGAUCCUCAUGAUGGCAUCUACAAUACAUUGGUGGACCAGACGCCAGUCCAUUUGCAUCCACUGCUGGCAAUCUUUGGAAAAGGCAUCGAGUAUGUCAUAUACCAUACUUUGCUUCUCACUAGCAAAGAGUAUAUGCACUGUGCUAGUGCCAUAGAUCCCAAGUGGUUGACGGAGCUUGCACCCCGAUUUUUCCGGAAAAGUGAUCCCAACAACCUUAGUGAACGAAAGAGAAAGGAAAAAAUCGUACCCCUAUUCGACAGGUUUGCGGAAAGUCAAGACGCAUGGAGGUUAACAUCACAUGUUGAAGCGAAAAAGAGGGCGCUUAGCCAACUCCACCAAUGA